AUGAGAAGAACUUUGGUCUCUCGCAAGGCUCGCAAAAAGAGGAUCGCCGAAAACGCCGAGAUGAGUGGUGAGAAUUUCUAUAACCGUCAAGCCCAAGAAACCAAGAACCCCGGCCAGGCUUUCGCCAUGGAACCUACCAUUCCCAUGAUCAAUGGCGCUCCUGGAGCUGACAGAUUGCCCGCCUUUGCCACCUUCGACUCGUCCAAAAAGCUCGACGACGAUCGUCAGCCACUGCGCUCGCAAGCUCUGUCGAAUGACCCUACUCUUGUUCCUUCCCGAGAUGGUGCCUCGGAUCGUUUUUACGGGCCCCCUUCAUCCAGGUCCGGGAGUAGGCAUGGUGCAAGGGAUCAGUUUGGUAAUCCCACCCCUCCUCCGCUGCCCGUCGGCACUGGUCCCCCAAUCCAAGGGCGAAGAUCUGGUGAUGAGCGAACGCCCCCGAGUCCUUAUCACGAGAAUGGUCUUCCGCCACCUGGUGGUCGUGGCUAUGGUCCGCGAGGGAGGGGUACUUACCCACCUCGUGGUGGUUACCCUCCCAGAGGUGGUUACGGCUCUCGAGGCCCGCCUCCUCCACAAGCUUAUCCCGGCCGAGGUAGAUUUUCCCCAGAUCCCAGAGGAGGCUAUGGUGGCCGUGGCCGUGGUGGGUAUCCUGCAGGCGCUGCAAUGGGCUCUGUUGCUGGUGGGAUGGCGGCUGGGGCCAUGAUGGCGAACGGACAACGACACCCACCACCGGGAUAUCCGCCUGGAGACAUGCCUCCUGACGGAUAUCCAGACAGGAUGGGUGGUCCCGAAAUUGCCCAAUCGCAACCUUUCAUUGAAGGCGAGAACAGAGAAUUUACUCCCAUGAGUCCGUCGGUAUACACCACUGGCCCGGAAGAGCCACACGGCGUUUAUGGGGCUCGAGCUCAGUCCCCCGGUCGGGAACGGAUGUCGCCCUAUGGUAGCCGAGUCGAAUCUCCUGCUGGAACUGCUCGCCGAAUGUCCCCACCACCGGCCAUGCCUGCUAUGCCUCCCCAACAUCCUGCAGAGCUGAGCGGAGCUGUUGCGCAGGAUUUUGCACCACGCAGAUCGCAGAGUCAAGACCCAUACGUCCCCGUCCGAUCAAAUUGGAACAACAUGUCCAAUGAUAACUUCAACGGACAGCAAUUGCCCGGCAGGUAUGCGGGCCCACCAGCGGAACUUCCGUCAGGCGACAGAAAUUAUGGUGGGGGAUCGGCUCGACGGCCACGGGUCAACUCUAGUGGAAGUGACCUCUACUAUGAAGAUGUAGAUCCUAAGUUUGCCACGGACGAAGUCCCACCGUUGCCCCAGAACUUUCACGAUCAACAGCAGCGCAUCCCCUCUCUCCUGAUGCCGGGUCCGCCAGGGCAAGGGGACCAAUACCGACCCGACUCACUCCAGCUGCCUCCAUCAAAUUCCUACGAAGACCUCCCAGGAGCGCGAUCACCGGCGGAGAGCGAGACAAGUAACUUUACCUCUGUCAGUCAACGAGGUGUCAACCCAAACUGGCGGCCGGGAUACGGCGGGGAGUUCAAUUCAUUCGGCCCACGACGACCUCCGGGAUCCCGAGAACACCAGAUGCGCAGGGACGUUCUCCUCGUAAAUAACCCAGAUUUUGAGAUCCCAGGCAUGGGACCCACGGGGAGAAUGGGACCUCGAGCAGGCGGCGGCGGCCCUGGUGGUGGAAGAGGUAUGAUGAUGCGAGGUGGAAUGAACGGCGCCCCUGGCCCAAUGGGCCGAAUGCUUCCCCCACCAAGCGCCUUUGAUGGCUCAGGUGAUGGAAGAUAUCCGGCCCCUGUUCCCCCGCCUGGCGGUCCGCCUCCUAUGAAUAUGUCGACUGGCGGUGUCCGGGACAUAUGA